AUGGCAAGAGAUCUUGCUGGACAGGCGUACCCAGAGCUCGCGACUCCCCAGGUUGACAAGUAUUCUCCUUUGGCAGAGUCAGAUGACCCGCCGACGGGUGCUGAAGAUGGUGAAUGGCUCAAGUUAUUCGAUCAGAAAGUCGUGAUCCCAAGUACGUUACCAUUCCGUCACCAAGGACAAGACACGCUUAUUUCGGGGUUCGCAGAAGAUUGGUGUCCACGAAUCAAGACGGUAAAGGCCGUUUAUGACAUCCUGACUCAACAUCGCUUUGUUUCGGUGUAUGGAGGUCCCAAAACUGGCAAGACGACGCUCUUGGCGCUCUUGCACGCGCAUAUCAACCGCGUUGAACCUAAUGCCAUAGUCUACCUCUCGACACCAACGUCGUCGAAAACACACAUAUCACGAGAACAGAUUGUUGAAGAGUUGGUCAAUCCGAGUAAUCAGAGUAGUUCGACUCGCUACAUCCUCAUCGACGAGGCCCAUGGUACGCCCUGGACAUGGCCAAGAAUCGUAGACACCAGCGCCCGUCUAUUCGUCGUCCUAUCCUCCCGGUAUCUGUGUGAUGUCACAGCGGAGAAUCCACGAUUGGCGGGAAAGUCGUUGGGGAUUGCAGAGAUUGAAGGGAGGAGACUCGCACGAUAUAGCCUCCAGUCGAGUGGGCUCUACUUUAGCCGAGAAGAAUACGACGACCUCUUGACUCGGAUACAACCGAGAUGUGGCUUUGGUGUUGAUUUGGCCCAUUUCAUCUUCAAGGUCACUGGAGGACACGUCGGCGCCGUCAAAUCCAUAGUGGAGUUUAUCCACAGAUUUGGAACCAAUCCCAAGGACGUCAGCGUACAUUAUUCACUCGCCGACUUUGAUCGCGACAACCCAUCAUAUACGGUCUUGUAUGACCACCUGAUGAGCCAGUCAUCAGGUGUGAUCAAAUGGCCACAAUCUCUCCUUCCCUAUGCCAGGGCCUUGGACAGCGUGAUGCUCGACGGGCGUAUUCCACCGCACAACGAGCUAAAGCCAUCCCACCACAUCCACCUCCGACAAGCCUAUAUCUUGGGAAUCCUCGACAUGGCGGAUGGCAACUAUGUGUUCCCAUCGCCACUCCACCGCGCACUCUGGUCGCAUCGACUCUGUCGGGAACGGGCACCCACUCCCCCGCUGGCGUACGAAGACCUGUUGUCCCUUGUACAAGCGGUAAUCUCUCGCCUCGCCCCAUCCGUGUUGACAGAUAUCCCACCAUUGCUCCAUCGCGGUACACAUGGGUGGAUCUCCCGCGAAACGCUGGAGCACCCUGGUGUCCCAGAGUAUCCUCCUCCACAGCAUAACGGAUAUGCGGUCGAAUUCUAUCGAUGCUUAUUUGAUCUGACUGGAGGAAGCGUCGAGAUAUCUCCCGCGUUUGCCAUAGGCCUGUCUGAGAAGCCUAGUAGUGUUCAUUUUGUGAUCCCGUCGAAGAGAUGGGGGAUCAGUCUCACACGAGAUGGCCGACUUUUGGCGCCCGAAGACCGAAGAGAAGACUUUGGGUCGUGGUUGCAAGCGCGAGGACUCGAAGAUUACAUUCUUCUGGAUUUUCGGGAUAACGUUCCUAUUUACCCGCAUCAAGCUCGAUAA